AUGGCCGAAGCACUCGCAGAGGCAGGGGGCAAAGUCUACACUCUUGACCGCGAGCCUUCCCCUGGCGAAUACUGGCAAGAAGCCAUCGCUCGCUUCGACCACUCCACCGCGGGCUCUCUCCACUACCGCCAGGCGGACGUCUCCAAGACACCGUAUCUUUAUUCCCUGAUCGCAUCCAUUGGCGCCGAGCACCAGCGUCUCGACGGCGUGGUCGCAGCCGCUGGCAUCCAGCAAGUCACGCCUGCGCUGGACUACUCGCCCUCGGACGUUGCCCGCAUGCUCGAAAUACACUACACGGGCGUAUUCAUGACGGCCCAGUCGGCGGUGAAGCAAAUGUUCAAGUACAAGACGAGGGGCAGCAUCUGUCUGAUCGCGAGCAUGUCUGGCUUGAUCGCGAAUAAGGGGUUGCUGUCGCCCGUGUACAACAGCUUGAAAGCGGCUUUGGAUCCAAUUAGCGAGGAAUCUGGCGAUGGAGUGGAGUCCUAUGAGGGAGGACGGAUCAGGCGGCAUCAGGAUAACGUUACCUUGAGAUCGCUAGCCGGGGACCCCCCAUACUAG